CGGUGAACUACCUGUUUCAACUAUUUUCAAUUUUGUUAUAUCUUCAGUUUCAUUAUUAAAAAGUGUAUGAGUCAAUGAUUUAUGCGUAAAGUAUUAUAUAGUUAGCUCAUUGGAAAGCAAUUGGGAAGUAAUAGUGCCAUUUACAAAUUACGCCCACAAAAAUGGAUCGCAAAUUCAUAAUUAUCGGAGCUUUAGCAACAUCGACCAACUUAAACAAAUUUCAAAUAACUCGUGGUUUUGUGAUUGUGCAGAAAGGCCAGAUCACGCAUAAAGGAGAAUCAGAUUGUACAAUGUUAAAAGAACAGAGCGUUAUUGCUGGCAUUCGGAGAAUAGAAUUACUGGAUCAUCAAUUCCUGAUGCCAGGCUUUGUCGACUGCCACCCACACGGCUCACAGUACCCUAAACCUCCUUCAUACCAAAACAAGAAGGUAAAAACAUACCGCCCAAAAAGGCAAUAUGAGUAUCCGUUUUAUACCAGCAGCACUUACGCUAAAAUGGUGCAUAAAUUGGUGCGCUACGGGACUACGACUGCCAUAUACUAUGGUAGUCUUCAUGUCGAUAAAACUAUGGAGCUAGUCAGGCUACUUGUUCAGUUAAGACAGCGUGCUUUUAUUGGAAAAGUGAAUGAGAAUACAGAAAAUCGUCACAAUUACUUCAAUGACAUUCAUAAAGAACUGGACGAUACUAAAGACUUCAUUGAGAAAGUUCUUGCUUUGGGCAACGAUCUGGUGCAGCCCUUCGUUGCCCCACGAUUCGCCGUCAGUAGCGACAGUGAGUUGAUGGCUGGCCUUGCAAACAUUGCAAGCCAAUAUAAUAUCAACUUCCAUAGCUACAUCUUGCAAUAUGCGUGCGAAGCUCGUGAAGUGCUUAGGUCACAUCCAGACUGCCAGCACUACGCUGCAUUUUUCGAUAAGUUUGGUAUUCUUACCAGUAAGUGUGUCCUGGCACACGCAGUACAUUUGAAGGACCCUGAUAUUGAACUGCUAAAGCUACGUGAGGUGGGCAUUGCCCAUUGUCCCGCAGCCAACACUCGCUUGCACGCUGGACUCUGCCCCGUCCGCAAGUUGCUUGACCACAACCUUAAAGUUGGACUUGGCUCAGAUGGAUGCGGGGGUAACAGUGUGUCUAUCCUGGAUGCCAUACGUCGCGCCAUGGAUGUAUCCACGCACUUGGAGUUACAAAAUAGCGAGAACCGUGGCAUUAGCUGGAAAGAGGCGUUCUAUCUUGGCACUCUCGGAGGAGCGAGAGUGCUCAAUUUGGCCCAUAAAGUAGGGAGCCUGGAAGUAGGAAAAGAAUUUGACGCACUCGUAAUCGAUAUAUAUGCGCCAGAAGGUCCAAUCGACGUUUACAACAAUAGCCUUGACCGAAACGCCGCAAAUUAUGACGAGAGCUUAGUGCAACGUUUUUUGUAUUCUGGAAAUGACUGCAACAUCACGCAAGUCUACGUAAAAGGCCAUCUCGUUAAGGAUGAUGCAAAAGUAAUCAUUACUGAAUCUACCAGUGAUGACAGAUGUACACCCCGCCAGUAAUAAUAUAAUCUAUGACUACAAAGAAAAAUUAAAUUAAAAAAAUGGUUAUGUUUAAUUAAUAAUAAUGCACUUAGCAUUAAGCAAUGUUUUGUACUCCCCUAUUUAUAUUUUUAGUGUAAGCAAUUGU